CAACAUGGCAGCCAAGCGGGCUUGCCAUGCGCCUUCGGACGCCUUGGCCUUGGACCACGUCCGCGUCGGAGUCAUCCAUUGCUUGGGCUCGCUUCUUGACGCUGUCGCCUUUCUGCGCGCCAUGCCGUCGCUUGAUGGGCCACUGGCAGCGCUCCUGGAGCUCUUGACGACGUCGUCGACGGUCAUGAAGCAGUGGCCGGUCAUCGUCUUCGACCUUGUCGGCGCAGAGGACAUGGACCUCGCCUUGGCCGCUCUGCCAGCGCUGCCAGCAAUCCAUGUUUCCCUCUGCGAGACGCUUCAGGGCGCACUCGCUGGUCGUUACGACAGCCUUAGCGCGUUCACGGCAGCUUGGCCGACCAAGAUCACGCAUCUGGACCAAUGCGUCAACCGCGACUGUUGCGGGUUCUGCCCGUGA